GUUGCGAUCUGUCGCACAUUUCGUCUGUUCGUUCGCAAAGCAAAAGAUACAAUUUAAAAGCCGCUUGUUGCUGUCUCUGAGACGUUAAGGAGCCGCAAAUAUUGGACUAGUUAACAGACGAGAUUUCAAUUCGAAUUCGUCAAAAUUAUAAUCAGACGCACCAAGAGAUGGCGACAUCGACGACUCCAAGGGUGACCGCGGCGGCUUUCAUAAUCUAUGUUGCACUCCUCCUGAUGGGCGUGGCAGAGGGCAGCAAUGAGAACGGGAUGGCGACGGGAAAGCCUUCGCUGCUGCGCACCGAACUGCGCUUCGGACGCAAUCUGGAUCCGGCCAAGGUGCGCGUGGUGAGCGUCAAGUCCAGCCAGGGCGAGAAUGUGGAGAUUCUGGUGGGCCGGAAUAGCCGGAAGGCGCGUGCCGAGGAGGCGGCCGGCUCGUUCUUUGUGCGCAGCUCCGAUGUGAAGCGGCCAGCUGCCGGCCAGGCCAGAAGCCAAGCCAAUCCGGCUGCUCGCCAGCUGAUCUUCGAGCAUACGCCGGCGCUGCUGAAGCAGAGCGAACUGGCCCAGCAGCAGCAGGAUUACCGGCAACGCAAGGCGGAGGCGGAGCAGCGACAGGCGAAGUUCAUACAGCUGCAGCUGGCCAAGGCGCAGAGCAAGGCGCUCGAGCAGCAGGCGCUGCGCACAGGACGCCAGCUGGGCAGCGGCCCAGCCUGGCAGCCAACAGUCUACUUCCAGGCGCAGCCAACAACACGCAACAACAACAACAACAACUACUCGAGCGUCGUGGAGCGCCAGUGGCAGCCGUUUGGCUAUGCUGAUCCCGUCGAGGCACAGCCGCGCGUGCUGCGCCAGGCCGAGGCUAGACCCUUCAGCUUUCCCAGUGACCAGCAGUACGCCGGCUCCGAGCAGGUGGACUAUUACGGCCGCGAUGCACGCGCCUAUCCGGGCAACGGUGGGCGUGGCUCGCGUCCCCCGCAGAAUCUGAUCACCAAGCACAACUACAACUCCCUGCCGCAGAAAUCCAAGUAUGUCAGCUAUAUGCCGCACUCCGUGGUCGUAACGGCCAGUGCGGGCGUGGCCGCGCCCUCGUCAACGCCCUCGCGCCGAACGCCAGCGCAGGGUAGUCCGCAUCGCAAUCCCAUCGGGCAGAGCACGCACAGCGUGGUGGAUGGGCCGGCGGUGCAAAUUAUCGAGGGUGUCCGGGUGCCGGACACGGCCGAGGACCGGGUGAAGACCUGGCGCAAUGCGCGCGUCCUCAACAACCAGCUGGUGCCAUAUCCCGAGGGCUACACGCCGCCGCGCGUCCAGAUGCCCAGCUUCGACAGAUAGGCGGCUCCGUCCGGCGACACUCUACGCCGUACUUAAAUAUUUCCAUUACAUUUAUUGAUUUGUUUAAUCGUUAAGUUAUUUAUAUAUGUUGCAUUAAAGCUAAAAGUAU